AUGAACGUCGGACCAGUGCAUGAUCGAGUGCUCGGCCGCCUUGGCGUGCACAGCAACUCGUGGAGGCGGAGGAGGCACCAGCAAAAGCACUGGACUCCAAUUCGCCCGAAGCCGGGCCUCCCGUGCCUCCCGUGCUUCCCAUGCUUGGCCAGUGCCAGCCUUUCUGCUUCUGGAACCCUUGUGGCCCUUGUGGCCAGCCAGGCCCGUGGGGCCCGUGGGGCCCGCAAGCGGCUGCGGCGGCUUCGGCCCCGGAGCAGGGCCCCUUCUCAGAGCCAAGGCCAAGGCCAGUGCCAACCCCUGGCAGAUUUUCCACUGGACGGCGUCACGCUCACGGAUUACAUGAUUCAACACACUGACAUCAUGAGCUGCUCCAUCCCCUACGACCUCCCCGAAGCUCCAGUAUCCUUUGACAGCGUGGCGCACUUCGUCGAUGUGCAGCUCGCUGCUGUCAUUGAGAUGCUCCGGGAGGACCUGGGCUAUAUGCUUGACAUGUGCAAGGAGGCACCUCCUGGGCAAGGUCCUGGGCAGCAUGCACACUUGCAGUAUCUCGGAACUUCAUUGAGCUGCUGCAACAUAGCAGCAGAUGGGGGUAAAGGCAUAGCAGCGAUGAAGGUGAUGCCGCUGCCGCAGCGAUUUCCCCUGGAAAAUUCGAGGUCGCAAUGGAGCAGGUUCAUGCUCCUUGCACAGUGCAGAGCUGUUCAGAAGUCCAAACGAGUCAAGGAUGUCGGCCUGGUCUUUUGCGAAACGAUGAACCAGAAGGACGGACUGGUGCUGUGGGCUCCGGAGAGGGUGCUAAAGAAGCUGCAAAGUUGCAUGCUGCAAGGUGAUUCCACCUGUUUCUGGAAGCUACAGAGCUUCAACCGCAUGGUUACAGAUCCCCUGGCCGUGCUUCAGAACUUGCGCAGUGCACCUCCCACUGAGAUGUGCCGCGCGCUGUUCUUUGGCGAGAUAUCUGGAGGUUCCGAGAGCGAUGCGGAUCUGUGUCAGCGCUUGGACUGCUGGGUGGCGGCGAACCCCCAUGUGCCGAUGAUGUUCAACCGCCAGCAAGGCCGCGCGCUGGCACUUGAAGCGCUCACGGCUGCAGGGCCAGUUGUGGUGCAAGGGCCUCCAGGCACCGGCAAGUCACACUUGAUAGCCCACGCGCUCCUUCCGCAAAUCAUCCAGCGUGGUGGUCGUGCUUUGGUCUUGUGCAACAGCAAUUCUGCGCUGGAUUCCAUCGCAGAGAAAGUGCUAGAUCCUGGCGAGUUCAUUUCCAACAGCGGCUACGUCUCUGCCGAAUCGAGGUGCCUCCGCGUUGGGUUCCAGAAGAAAGUCUGCAAAAAAGUGCUUGAGGCGGGCUGGUUCCGAGAAUUCAAUGCCAUCCAUGAGGUCAGCAGCGGCCGGAAAUCAGUCGUUUUCACGACGCUGUACAACACACUUACGAAGCAUGAGGACUUUUCGAAAGCCAAGUUUGACACGCUGAUCAUCGAUGAAGCAGGACAGGUCGAGGACUGGAGGCUGUUUAUUGUGCUGCAGACGAUGACAAGCCUGAAGAAAGUGAUUCUGGUAGGUGACCAUAAGCAGCUGCAGCCCUACGUAAGCGACGGCGUGCGAGACAGGGGGUAUGGAAGAAGUACAAUGGAGAGGCUGAUUGCCGGCAAGGUCGGAGCAGGAAAUGCCGGCAUCGAUUUCAUCAUGCUGGAGGAGCAGCACCGAAUGCCCCCCUCUGUGCGCAACAUCGUCAGCAGGGUGUUCUACAACAACAGAUUAACAGACGGGCCGAACAUUCUGGCGAAGAGCAGGCGGUCCCACGGAACCUCCGCGAAAGCAAUUGUUGCCUUCGACCUGUCGUUUGGCAAGACCAAUCUCAAACCACUUGAGCGAUCGCUGGAGAACUUGGACGAGGCGACCAUCUCCAAGCUUAUUUAUGACCACCUUCUGCAGGCACCAAGCUUGUACACAGUGCAUGACAUUUGCGUCUUGUCCCCAUACAAUCGCCAUAAGAAUCGAUUGCGUACAAUGCUCGCCGGAAUUCCAGAGGGGGACUGGGCGAGGUGGGAGAAUCUGAGCCCGGACGUCGUCAUGGAUUCUAGCAUGGAUGACCAAACUGCAGCAGUGCGUAACAUCGACACAGUGGACAAGUUCCAGGGCUCGGAGCGAGAGGUCGUGAUCAUCAAUACCGUCAGUGGUUGCCUGGAAAACACACAGCGUGCUUGCGAUCCACACUUCAUCAAUGUAGCAAUGAGCCGAUGCAAGAGCUUGCUGGUGCUGAUCGGCAGGCUAACAGAACUAGGAGAUGGGGGUGGCAGCUGGCAGCGAAUCAUGACUUUCCUUCAGGAAGCCCAGGUGCAGGCUCACGGGGGAGGCGCAGAAGACGUGCUGAUUCUGCCGUGCGGAACGAUGGAAGAGGCGAAAGCGGGUGUUGAAGCAUUGCUUCACUUUGUGUUGCCGCCUGGAAGCAUGACGGGAAGCAUGACUGCCUCUGGACCGGAUGCCAAGAGAAGCAAAGCCUGA